AUGAGAACACAGCUGAUACUUCUGGCAGCACUUCACAUUGCCGCCGGUAAUCUGUUGAUCUCUCCACUUCUUCCAAGUUUGAAAGCUCUACAAAAAAUCCCGGUAAAACCAGCAGGAGAUUACACGUUUUGUGACAAUGCGAAAUUUAAUCGAUGUCAGAAUGAUUUCAAUAAGGAACUGGGGCUUCAAGCCGAUGCUAAUUUUCAUCAUGUUGACGUCUUGCAGAGCGGUAUUACAGAACUCUUAAAUAAGCCUCUCGACGAAGGACUUCUAAAGUUAUGCAGAGCUCGCUCAAUGUUUUACCAGUGCCUUUCAUCAAGUUAUCGAAACUGCAUGAAUCGAUUCAACUUUCUUCAACAUGGGCUGAGCGUUGAAAACGCAACUAGUUUUGUCCAAAUUUUCGAUGAACUUGAAUUUAUGUGUAACGGUGGACUGCUGCAAUCUGUGCAAAAAUGGGAUUGCAUAGUGCAAAACUCAGCAACAGCUGAUCCUCUAUUGGUUGAUUGCAGAAAUAGUUUUCUUAACGCUUCAUUACACGAUCCAGAUAAUAUCUGUUCUCAAGUUGAGACGCUGAUGCUUUGCUACAGAGCACCGUUCUACAUUAGUUGCGGGGAAGAUGUAGCUUGGUGGAGCUGUGAACAAGUUCGAGUAGCUGCGAAUAUCGAUGAUUACUGCCCGCACCUGUCAUGCAGUUACCAAACGUUCCCAAAUUCUGUUGCUGAACAGAAUAAUGAAGUACCGCAUAUACGUACACGACGUGAAGCAAUUCACACAGCGAAUCCUCAGUUUAUGAACCAACGUUAUUGGGUGCUAAAGCUGCUGAGCGAGAAAGAAGAAGAAAGCGAUCAGCGCCAGAAGAAGCAGAAGAAUUCUAAAAUGAAAGUUGGGAAUUCUAUAAUACAUGUCGCUAAAAGAAGUGCUAAAAGUUCUGAAAAUGAUGCAGUUAAGGAAAGUGCAUUAAGCUUUCAAACGGCGAUUUGGUGUGAUCUUGAAGGCACAUUUAACAUCAUCGUUCGUCUACCAGACUCGUUAAAUUGGAUGAACGGCACUGAAUUAGCCAAUCGUGUCAAUCGACUGCUUAUGACUAACAUUACUGAACUUCUAACGAUAUGCAAUGCUUAUCAGUACUUUGUUCGUGAUGUUGGAACUUACGACGCAUGCAUAAAUCCAUGGUUUCUGCUGAGAAGCACCAACGCAACACUGAGAAACGUAUUCGAUUAUGUUCAUAUGCAUUUGAAACUUGAUUUUGUAUGUAACUCGGGAUUUGAAGAAGUGUCAAACCAGUGGCAUUGUCUGCAUACUGUAUCAGCAGAUCCUAAAUACAAGAACUGCGUUGACGAUUUCAACAAGGGUUUAGAGACCUCAACAGAUCCGUUAUGCAACACAGUGGACACCUUUAUGAGUUGCGCUCAAUCAGUUGGUAUUAGCAUAUGCAAAAACAAUGCGGUGAGUGCAUAUUUGCUUCAUAACAUUCUAAGCACUGCUAAGCACUGGAAAGUUUUAAAAAUUACAAAAGCUUCUUUGUAA